AUGUCUUCUACUUCCUCUUCGGCGUCGGCCGUUACUGCCAACGGUGGCCCCACAGUUCAGUCCCGCAGGAGCCAUACAAAGUCAAGGAAGGGUUGUAAAACCUGCAAGAAGAGACAUAUCCGUUGUGAUGAAACAACCCCGCAAUGUCGCAAUUGCACCAAACAUAACGUAAGAUGUGACUAUCAGGACGGAGGUCCGGUCGAAGGCAUCCCGGACCUCAAGAUGACACCGCAAAUCGAACGGGAGCUCGACACCUGGAGGAAAACCGGUGUAUACCCGUUUCCCAACCUGGGCCUCGAAAGCCACCCGUCCCCCACACGAUACUCGCCCACGGACCUCCGACUGAUCCACCACAUCUCGUCCAUCGCAUCGCAGAUGCAAGCUGUGGAACCGAGCAACUCUGCGAUCUGGACCAAGAGGGUUCCAAUGUUCCUGACGAUUGCGUCGAAGCACGAUUUCGUGAUGCAUUCUUUGCUGGGCCUUUCCGCAUCUCACCUGUCGUGGUUGACGGAAUCCUACGCAACGCUGCAGCUAGCCUAUCAACACCGUGGACUCGCUUUUCAGGGCCUGCAGCAAUCGAUCGGUGACUUCUCGAAAGAGAACUCGGACGCUGUGCUUGCUGCAUCUAUCCUUCUCUCGUGGCAAGUAACCGACUGGCGGUCUUGGGCGAGUCUGCUACAGGGUACAUCGACCGUCAUCGAUGCGAUGCAGGCCUGGAAGCACGAGAGCGAGUUUGCAGAGUUCAUGGAGGAAGGGGAUGUUUUCACACGGGGCUCCCUCCGACAACAGAUUUUAGAUCCGCAGCGGGAUCGCUAUGUGGUGGACCACGUGUACCAAUGCCUACUUCCGCUCAUGGAGUAUUUCCGGAGCCAGCCACAGGGACCGGACACCAACGAUCAGGCGCUCAAGGGUCUCGAAGACCUGGUGAGCUUUGUACAGGAGCUACAGGACAAAAUACCGGCGCAUUCGGCAGAAGAACAAUUCCAUCUCAUGCACCCGCUCCGAGAAUGGUUAUUUUUCCUUCCGAUAGACUUUCUGCGCAGAGGACGGACGGAUCCGAGUGUCAUGGUGCUACUCGCGCACUUUUACGGCGUGGCUCUGGCCGUCGAACCUCUUUUCCCGGCCGUCGGUGCCGCCUACUUUGGCACCAUGAGCGUGGGACCCAUCGAACAGAUUCACCGAACACUACUACAGCAGGCGACAACGGCGACAACCACCUCCGCAGAUGCAGCUGCCGCAGCCCGGGGGGGCCUGGAGCUGAUGGGCUUCCCCUUGGAGAUGGUGAAGCACUUUCGGGAACGAAUGGACUGGCGACGAGCAACGGGCGUGGUGCCUCCACCACCACCUUCUACCACCACCACUACCGCCGCCGCUACAGCUACAUCCUCACCACUACACACGAACCAUCUCGGCGGAUGGGAUUUCGGCGCGUUUCCGGAGUAUGCCAUGGUCAAUACCGGAGGAGGCUACAUACCACCACCGCCGCAUCCUCCACAGGAUGUUCAGAGCUCUUUCACCGCCAGCGACUUUAUCGCUCAUGCGAUGUGGAGGGAGGGAUCAUAG